AGCAGUGUUCGAGCCCAACCACUCGGCGCUCGAUUACUGUCGUCUGCGGGGAACAUGGCCGAUCCCGGGGAUAACGUUUCAGUCCCUAACUUCAGCUCCCUUCUACAAACGGAUCCUUACCUCAAACCACACGAGAAGGACUUAGAAAGGAGAUAUGGCUUGUUCCAGAAACAGCUUACACUUCUGGAGGAGGCAGAAGGAGGUUUUGAUCAGUUCACACGCAGCUACGAGAGCUUCGGAGCGCAUCGCCUGUCGGACAACAGCAUGCUGUUUCGAGAGUGGGCCCCAGCAGCAGAGGCUGUGUUCCUCACUGGAGACUUCAAUGGUUGGGAUAAGUUCUCUCAUCCCUACAAAAAGAAACAGUUUGGGAAAUGGGAGCUACAGUUACCACCUAAAGAAGACAACUCGCCAGCCGUGGCCCACAAUUCCAAACUGAAGGUGGUGGUUCACACUAAAGGCGGUGAGCGGCUGUACCGUAUCUCUCCGUGGGCGACGUAUGUGACCAAACCUUCCACUUCAGUCAUCUACGACUGGAUAUUCUGGGAUCCUCCACACCCUUACGUGCGCAAGCAUCCUCGCCCACGGAAGCCCUGUAGCUUACGGAUCUAUGAGGCUCACGUUGGCAUCGCCUCACCUGAGUGCAAAGUCGCGUCCUACAGCAACUUCACACACAACGUGCUGCCUCGGAUAAAAGACUUGGGUUAUAAUUGCAUCCAGCUGAUGGCCAUCAUGGAACAUGCGUAUUACGCCAGCUUUGGGUACCAAGUUACAAGUUUCUUUUCAGCAUCCAGUCGCUAUGGCACCCCAGAGGAGCUGAAGGAGCUGAUCGAUGUGGCUCACUCUCUGGGCAUCAUGGUACUUCUGGACGUGGUCCAUAGUCACGCCUCCAAGAACACCGAGGACGGUCUGAACCACUUCGACGGCUCGGACUCCUGCUUCUUUCACGGUGGGGCGAGAGGGGAGCACCCAGUGUGGGACAGCCGUCUGUUCAACUACUCCAGCUGGGAGGUUCUGCGUUUUCUCCUGUCUAACCUGCGCUGGUGGAUAGAUGAGUAUGGCUUUGAUGGGUUCCGCUUCGAUGGGGUGACAUCCAUGCUGUACCACCACCAUGGCGUCGGGUCUGGUUUUUCGGGCAACUAUGCGGAGUACUUUGGACUUCAUGUUGACGAGGACUCCCUAGUGUACCUCAUGUUGGCCAACCACAUCCUGCACAUGCUUUAUCAGGACUGCAUCACUAUUGCAGAGGACGUGUCUGGUAUGCCCACGCUCUGUCGCCCAGUGCAGGAGGGAGGAUGUGGUUUUGACUACAGACUAGCCAUGGCUAUCCCUGACAAGUGGAUCCAGAUCCUGAAGGAAUUCAAGGACGAGGAGUGGAACAUGGGAAACAUCGUCUACACCCUGACCAACAGGCGCUACAGCGAGAAGUGCAUCGCGUAUGCAGAGAGUCAUGACCAGGCUCUGGUAGGAGACAAGACCCUGGCCUUCUGGCUGAUGGACAAGGAUAUGUACACCAACAUGAGUGCCCUGAUUCCCAUGAACCCUGUCAUUGAUCGCGGCGUCCAGCUGCACAAGAUGAUCAGGCUACUCACACACGGCCUCGGAGGGGAGGGCUACCUCAACUUCAUGGGAAAUGAAUUUGGCCACCCGGAGUGGCUGGACUUUCCGCGUGUGGGGAACAGUGAGAGCUACCACUACGCCCGCCGUCAGUUCAACCUGGUGGACACGGAUCACCUGCGCUACUGGCAGCUCUACGUCUUCGACCGUGACAUGAACCGCACUGAAGCCAAGUACGGCUGGCUCGCAGCUGCUCCGGCCUACGUCAGCACAAAGCAUGAAGGAGACAAGGUGAUCAUUUUUGAGAGAGGUGACGUGGUCUUCGUCUUCAACUUCCACCCGACAAACAGCUACAGCAGUUACCGAGUAGCAGUGGGAACCCCUGGGAAAUACAGGAUCAAGCUGGACUCUGAUGAUCUUGAGUAUGGAGGUCAUGGCAGACUCGACCACAACACGGACUUCUUCACAGAGCCCAUCCCUUUCAACGAGCGCGCCAACUCCAUGCAGGUUUACAUUCCUUGUAGAACAGCUGUUGUUCUGGCCAAUGAGGAAAUUGACUACGGCAACUGAAACACGAUCACAGAUUUACCGGGUGAUUGAUAGAUUGAUCCACUCUACCCAUCAGCCUCUGUGUUGGCUCCUCCCCCUGACCUCUGUGUUGGCUCCUCCCCCUGACCGCUGUGUUGGCUUCUCCCCCUGACCUCUGUGUUGACUCCUCCCCCUGACCUCUGUGUUGGCUCCUCCCCCUGACCUCUGUGUUGACACCUCCCCCUCACCUGUGUGCCCUGCACUUUCAGAGUUACUCAGUUACUGUCUUCACCUGAACCUCCACCAGGAGCCUCAGAUCUCAAUCCACUGAACUUGAGUAAACUGUGUAAAUGACGUGUGCUCUGUUCUGUCCUGUUUAAUAUAAUGGGUAGCUGGAUGACUUUAGUUUCAGUUAAUCUGUCGGUGAUUGUAAUCCUGGUUGCCAAAUCCCAUGUUUCUGCGUGGAAAAACAAGCAGGUCUGAUUAGACUUUAUUAUGAAAACUGAAAUUGCUCUUGAAAUUGAAAGCCACGUCAAAUAUGUCUGUUUAGUUACAUAUUAACAUCAAAUGUACCAUGCAAAACUAAUUAAAAUGCUUGCUUAUAUUUAUUGUAAUAAAUUCCAUCAAGUAUCUAAUCUAAAA